AUGAGCAGUAGAAGAAAGAAGAUGUCCACUAAAGUGGAAAUUCCUGAGGGUAUGUCGGAAACAGACUUCAAAGAAAUAUUAACAUCGUUUGAUGUUAUUGACACUAACAAAGAUGGCAGCCUGUCUAGGGCGGAGAUGAGGGAGGCCGCUAGAGUAGCCGGGAUGAACCCCACAGACAAGGAGCUGGAGGACUGGUUUAUAGCGGCAGAUACUAACGGUGAUGGCUUAGUUAGUUUGGAGGAGUAUAUCAACAUCAUGUCGGAUAAUUAUGUUUCUGUGGACAUUGAGCAAGAAAGAAUGAAGACUGCAUUCAAAGUGAUAGACAAGAAUGGGGAUGGUAAAAUCUCCCUGCAGGAAUUCAGAACUGUUAUGUUGUUCAAUAAUGUGUUUACACAGGAGGAAGCUGAUAAGUUAUUCCAGGAAGUCGACUCCGAUGGAAAAGGAUAUCUCAAUUAUAAUGAUUUCAUCUCAAACCACAUGUAUGAUGUUCUUUUCUAA